UGUUUCCUCCUGCUGUUAAUCAGGCUGCAUCUGCAUUUCUUGGUUUUCCUGUGGCUCAGCUACCUCUGUUGGAAUGGGUUCCAGAAUCAAUGUCACUUCAUCAUCCUCUAGAACUGGAAAAAAAAAGAAUUGUUAGCACUCCAAAAAUCAUAAAAGGGUUUUCCUAUCCCGCAUGCAACCUGCACAUGGCAACGAGGUGACUUCACUGUUCGCAUUUAAAGAAUUACACUACCAUCAAAAACUGAAGAUACUGAGCCAUCAUGCAUUUUAACCUGUUUAAAAAAGCUGAGGCUCCACCACCUGAAUCACAUACUAUGAUGACUAGUACAGAGCCACCAGUUGUAUCACAGGAUAACUCCACAGCUGUGGCUGGGUCUGGUGACAAGAGUGCAGAUACCUUCAGAAAGAUCCAGCAGGAGCUUAUGAAUCAGAUCAACAAGAUUCCAUUGCCUCCCUGGGCCCUCAUAGCAAUAGCAGUUGUGGCUGGUCUGCUGAUCAUUACUUGCUGCUUCUGUAUCUGUAAGAAAUGUUGCUGCAAGAAGAAGAAAGGAAAGAAGGAGAAAGGAAAGGGAAUGAAAAAUGCACUCAAUAUGAAGGAUAUGAAAGGAUCUGGGGGGCAGGAUGAUGAUGAUGAUGAUGAUGCAGAGACUGGAUUAACUGAAGGAGAAGAUAAAGAGGAAGAGGAGAAGGAAGAGGAGAAGCUUGGAAAAUUGCAAUUCUCUUUGGACUAUGACUUUCAAAAUAACCAGAUGCAAGUGGGUAUCAUCCAGGCAACUGAACUUCCAGCAUUAGACAUGGGGGGAACAUCUGACCCUUAUGUGAAGAUUUUCUUUCUACCUGACAAGAAAAAGAAGCAUGAGACAAAAGUGCAUCGCAAGACACUCAAUCCAAUCUUCAAUGAGACAUUUACAUUCAAGAUUCCAUACCAGGAGCUAGGGGGGAAGACUUUGUGUAUGUCCAUCUAUGAUUUUGAUCGAUUUUCCAAGCAUGAUAUCAUAGGAGAAGUAAAAGUUCCUAUGAACACUGUGGACCUAGGUCAGCCAAUUGAAGAAUGGAGAGAUUUACAGAGUGCAGAGAAAGAGGAGCCUGAGAAGUUGGGGGAUAUCUGUAUCUCUCUGCGUUAUGUUCCCACUGCUGGAAAGCUGACCGUCUGCAUACUUGAAGCAAAAAAUUUAAAGAAGAUGGAUGUAGGAGGGUUGUCAGACCCUUACGUAAAGAUUUAUUUGAUGCAAAAUGGAAAAAGACUAAAAAAGAAGAAGACAACAGUGAAAAGCAAGACUCUAAAUCCAUACUUCAAUGAGUCAUUCAGUUUUGAGAUACCCUUUGAGCAGAUCCAGAAAGUGCAAGUUGUAAUCACUGUUUUGGAUUAUGACAAACUGGGUAAGAAUGAAGCAAUUGGUAAAAUCUUCGUUGGAUGCAAUGCCACUGGAACCGAACUCCGACACUGGUCUGACAUGCUGGCAAAUCCACGGCGCCCAAUUGCCCAAUGGCACCCUCUCAAACCUGAGGAGGAAGUGGACAUUGCAUUGGGGUCCAAGAAAUAAGAAACAAACACACACCCCCCUCUUAGUUCCCCUUCCUUUCUCUCACACUCUGCUGUGCAGACUAAGAAUCUAAUAGCACCUACUAUUUACCCACCCAGCUUUUACCACCACGCUGCAAUCAAGCUGUAUUGAAGACACAAAAAGCAGCAAGGGAUUGGGCCUUUAUUUGGUUUAGCAGUGUUUUGGGCUGGAAGAGGCAGUUAUAAUUUAUCAGUUUGGAAUAUUUCCUUAUGGCAACAAAGUCCCUGAAGAUAAUCAAAGACUUUUGGUGGUAGGAAGGUUUUACAAAACAUGUAACCUGAAGAGUUUAUUCUAGAAUAUAUAUAAUAUUUUUUUUUGUGUUCUAAAGGUCAAAUUUAGGCUGCUUCAGAGGUCUUCCAAAGAACUGACAUAUUUCCUAUUACCUAAUUCAAAAAAGCCAGAUAUUGGGAAUAUCUCUUGCAGAAUGAACUGCUGGAAGAAAACUGACGUUGAACACAGGAAAGGUUGAUGUACAUCUGAUUUGAAAACUAUAUCUGCAUGUAAAUAUUUGUUUUUCAUCAUGCUAUAAUAUAAAUCUAGAUAUUUUCAUACAAGCAUAUUUUAUCUAGAAGACAUUAUUCUAGAAAUGUUUUAGUGCAUCUUUAGUUGUUUAUCUAGUGCUCUGUAACAGAAGUUUUUAAAUCCAUUGGUAGGUGUAUCCAGAAUUUUAUGAAUCAGCAAAUUGUUACAGCAGAUUGCUGGAGUAGGCAAAUAUCAAGGGACAUGGAUCAUUGCCGUGACACACAAACCUGAUGAAUUAUUAUAUUACUGUUGAUUGUAGGGACAGUUAUCCUUAUUUCUUGCAACUAGAAAACCUCUUUAACUUAGCAUCUUUGAUGAUAAGAAGUACAAAAUCAAUUGUCUUCCAUUAAUCUGUAAAGUAAAUAAGAAAUAGUGUAAAUUCUCGUGUGUUGGGAGAUAGUAUUAUAAGAAUGUAUUUUUUUAGAAUAUCUUGUUUUUGUUACUUCUCUAUUCUUGGUGUAUUGGUCUUCAAAUGCAAGUGAGGGAUUUUAGAUGUCCAAAUCUUUAAAAUAUUUGUCUUCCAUUCUUCUGUUAGUAGGAGCCACUUGUGCUGUUCCAUUCCUAGGCAAACAAGGCAAUAUCUGAGCCCUGGAAGACUUUCAAAGGGCCUGCAGGCUGGUCAUGGUGGGGUCAGAGCAUUUGAGUAUGUGGGAGCCCCAAGAUUUCUCAAACAUAUUAUGUCAUGUAUAGUGUAUGAUGUCAGAGCCUGUGAGAGAGCUGGUCAGACAGUUUUAAUAUUUGAGUUGGAGUUUUAGAAGUUUAGUUACAUUAACAUAUUUCGCAGUUCUCAAAAAUCUGGUGAGUUACAAUAUAAGUGACAGGUACAAUUCAACUGCAUUCCACAUUAAAGAAUAAAACUCAACCCUGUAAAGGGCUGAGCAGACACAGAAAAAAAUAUGAAAUGCAGUUGUAUCUGAACAAAACCUUAGUUUUAUUCUCUAUUUCCGCCAAGUAUUUUGCCAAGGAUUUGGCCUAUUUAUGUUGCUUUUCUAAUAACAGUAUUAAGUAUAUGCAUAUUUAUAAACAUCUGAAGUCCCUAGUCUUGUCAAAUGUCAUCCAACUAACAACUUUAGUUUCCAACAGCAGAGCAAUUGUACUUAAGUGUGCAUACCCAUAGGCAUUUUUACUUACAUAUAUCAGCGUAACUACAGAGAAAGCAGACCCCAUGGGCAUUGGAGGGCCUGGGGUAUAAGGGGUUUGAAGGGGAUCUGCUUCCUUGGUAGUCUCCACUAAUACUGUGGGGGGGCAAUUAUGCUCUGGUUGAGGGUCACCCGUAACCGCCCCCUUGCAUAGGAUUGCUGAGGGCGCCUGGACAAAGAUUUUUAAAGGGCCACCCCAACGGUACUCCCCUGCCUUAAGAAUGUGAAUUUUAUGACAUUUUGAUGCAUAAGUACUAAGAAACCCAUUUGCAUACAGAAUUUGUUUAUGUUGUUUAUUUAUUAGCAAUUCAUAGUAUAAAUUUCAACUGCUGACAUCAUUAAAAGGAUAGAUUGGCAAAAUCAUAAAACUGCCUACAGCCUAACACUUUUUAGAGAAAAAGUGAACAUGUUUAAGGGGUUGUUCACCUUUGAGAUAACUUUUAGUAUGGUGUAGAGAGUGA